AUGCAUAGAACUUACUCCUUGAGAUCUCAGAGAGCACCAACUGCUGCUCAAUUGCAAUCUCCACCUCCUCCACCAUCCACCACCAAGUCCAAGUUUUUCGGUAAGGGUUCUCUCUCCCACACCAUCAGAAAAAAUGCUGCUGGCGCUUUGGGUCCAGAGAUGGCCAGAAAGUUGGCACAAUUGAUCAAGAUGGAGAAGAACUUGAUGAGAUCCAUUGAAAUCACCGCUAGAGAGAGAAAAGAGGUUGCUAAGCAAUUGUCUCUUUGGGGUGAAACCAAUGACGAUGAUAUUUCCGACAUUACCGACAAGUUGGGUGUCUUGGUGUAUGAGAUUGGUGAAUUGGAAGACCAAUUCAUUGACAGAUAUGACCAAUACAGAAUCACCAUGAAGUCCAUUAGAGACAUUGAAGGUUCCGUGCAACCUUCUAGAGAGAGAAAACAAAAGAUCACCGAUCAAAUUGCCUACUUGAAGUACAAGGACCCACAAUCUCCUAAGAUCAACGUCUUGGAACAGGAGUUGGUCAGAGCCGAAGCCGAGUCUUUGGUUGCUGAGGCACAAUUGUCCAACAUCACCAGAGAAAAGUUGAAGACUGCUUUCAACUACCAAUUCGACUCUGUUCGUGAGCACGCUGAGAAAAUUGCCUUGAUUGCUGGUUACGGUAAGGCCUUGUUGGAAUUGUUGGACGAGUCUCCAGUUACCCCAGGUGAAACCAGACCAGCCUACGACGGUUACGAGGCUUCUAAGCAAAUCAUCAUUGACGCUGAAAAUGCCUUGGCUACAUGGACUUUUGACUCUGCUGUCGUGAAGCCAACUUUGUCCUUUGCUGCUCACGAAGAAGAAGAGUACGACGCUGAUGACUUGGCUGACGAGGCUGAGCACUUGAAGGUGACUGAAAGCGAGUGGAACGAAGAAGACAAGGCCACUGCUUAA